CUCUUUACGUCUUUACUUACCUCUUCAUAGUUUAGAUACUUAGACAGACGACGACGAGUUUCAAUACUGUUAAAUUUUAUUUUCCCAAAAACUCAGGUAAACAAACACCAUGGCCAAUCAAGUGACGAACGCACCAGUGUCGCAAAUACUAAAAAAUGCGAAUGAGUUCGAGGAUGAGCCGAGGAAGAAGAGCCGCGAGGACUGGCGCAAGGCUAAAGAACUCGAGGAAGCGAGGAAAGCUGGUACAGCACCAGCUGCCGUCGACGAGGAGGGUAGGGACAUCAAUCCACACAUUCCACAGUACAUCAGCUCGACCCCUUGGUAUUUUGGAGCACAGGGGCCAACUCUAAAGCACCAGCGACCACAGCCGGAGAAACAAAAAAAAUUCAGUGAAAUCGACGAGUGGUACAGUAAGGGUACCACCAACAAGGUUUCAACAAAGUAUCGCAAAGGUGCUUGCGAGAAUUGCGGGGCCUUGGGUCACAAAAGAAAAGACUGCUUCGAGAGACCUCGUAAAACACUGGCAAAGUACAACAAUGCUAACAUAGCACCCGAUGAGUUUGUACAGCCUAAUUUGGCACUUGAUUAUGACGGUAAACGCGAUAGGUGGGCUGGAUAUGAUCCAUCGGAGCACAGAGCAAUUGUGGAAGAGUAUCAAAAGGUCGAGGAGGCCAAGAAACAGUUGAGAGCUGAGAAGCUCAACUCUAAAGGUGGUGAGGAUGAGGAGGAGAAAGAGAAGGAAAAGGAGGAAGAUGAGCAAUAUUCCGAUGCUGACGAGGAUAAAUACGUCGAUGAGGUGGACAUGCCGGGUACCAAGGUAGAUAGCAAGCAGCGCAUCACAGUGAGAAACUUGAGGAUCAGAGAAGACACGGCCAAGUACCUUCGGAAUCUCGAUCCUAACUCGGCAUACUACGAUCCCAAGACGCGGUCUAUGCGCGACAAUCCUUAUGCUGGUACCGAAAGGGAGGAGGUCGGCUAUAUGGGUGAAAAUGCAGCUCGAUUUACAGGAGAUACACAAAAUCACGCCACCGCGCAGUUAUUUGCAUGGGAAGCGCACGAAAAGGGUGUUAGUGUGCAUCUGCUAGCUGAGCCUACGAAAAUCGAGCUACUGAAGCACGAAUUUGACAAAAAGAAAGAAGAGCUUAAAAAAACCGCACGGGACACGGUUAUUGAAAAAUAUGGUGGUAAAGAGCACUUGGAUGCUCCACCCCCUGCCCUUCUGUUGGCCCAGACUGAAGAGUACGUCGAAUACUCGCGCACUGGAAACAUCAUCAAAGGCCAAGAGAGACAGGUGAUUCGUUCAAGAUACGACGAGGAUGUGUAUACCAACAACCAUACGUCGGUGUUUGGAUCAUAUUGGAGCGAGGGUCAGUGGGGCUACAAGUGCUGUCACUCGACGAUAAAAAAUUCUUACUGCUGCGGAGAAGCUGGCAAACGAGCCAUCAGCGAAGCAGAACAGUUUAGUAGAGGAGAUAGAAUUAGUAAUACAAAUGAUGACCAGGAUGAUGAGGAAGUACCGUCAAAGAAAAAAAUUCGACUCGAGGAAUAAGCUAAGGUUAAUGAAAUCAAAGACGAGUGUUUUAGUUGUUUAAAUUUUAUUCUGUACAUAUUAAUAUUAAUA